GUAGCUUGGCAUUGCAACAAUGGAAGACCCAAAGAAGUUGGAAGAAGGCUUAGCUAAACACUCACAACCUAUCACCGAGGAACCAACUAACAGUCCCCAGGGCAUGAAAGAAGGCGGUGGCGGCCAUGGACAUGAGCUUAAGGGAAUAGUUAAAGAAGAGUUGGAGAACAAGGAGGAGGAGCAGCAGCCAUUGGUUAAGCAGAAGGCCAAGAGGAUUGCAACCUUGGAUGCAUUUAGAGGCCUCACCAUAGUGUUGAUGAUAUUGGUUGAUGAUGGCGGAGGAGCGUAUGCACGAAUUGAUCAUUCUCCAUGGAAUGGAUGCACCUUGGCUGAUUUUGUUAUGCCAUUUUUCCUCUUCAUUGUUGGGGUUGCAAUUGCCCUUGCCCUAAAGAGAAUUCCUAAGGUCAGCUAUGCAAUUAGAAAAGUGAUCCUCAGGACUUUGAAGCUUCUCUUUUGGGGAGUUCUACUCCAAGGAGGGUACUCCCAUGCACCAGAUGACCUGUCUUAUGGAGUGGACAUGAAGCAUAUCAGAUGGUUUGGCAUCCUCCAGAGAAUUGCCCUUGUAUACUUCAUUGUAGCUCUAAUAGAGAUCCUAACCACAAAACUGAGACCAGCCACCCUCAACCCUGCAGGCAAAUUCUCCAUUUUUACAGCAUACAAGUGGCAAUGGCUUGGAGGAUUCAUUGCAUUUGUGAUAUAUACGGUCACCACAUACUCUCUGUACGUUCCUGACUGGAGCUUUGUGGUGGUGGAUCAGGACGGCAAACGACAACAAUUCACGGUGAAAUGUGGGAUGAGAGGCCAUUUAGGCCCUGCCUGCAAUGCAGUAGGUCAUGUGGAUCGUGAAGUCUGGGGCAUCAAUCAUCUCUACCAAUACCCUGUCUGGCAGCGCUCAAAGGCAUGCACGUUUAGCUCUCCGAAUUCUGGUCCAUUUCGCGAUGAUGCUGCUAGCUGGUGUCAUGCUCCCUUUGAACCUGAAGGCCUGCUAAGUUCGGUUUCUGCUAUCAUGUCUGGGACAAUUGGCAUCCAUUACGGGCAUGUCUUGAUUCACUUCAAGGGUCAUGCUGAGAGGCUCAAGCAAUGGCUGUCAAUGGGGUUUGGCUUCCUCAUCCUAGCCAUUAUUCUCCAUUUCACUGAUGCUAUCCCAAUCAACAAGCAGCUGUACAGCUUCAGCUAUGUUUGUUUCACUGCUGGGGCAGCUGGGAUUGUAUUCUCUGCAUUCUACAUACUGAUUGAUGUUUGGGGAUACCGUAUGCCAUUCCUAUUCCUAGAAUGGAUAGGGAUGAACGCAAUGCUAAUAUUUGUGAUGGGAGCACAAGGCAUCUUUGCAGGCUUCAUCAAUGGAUGGUACUACGAGAAUCCCGACAAGACUCUUGUGCACUGGAUUCAAAAACAUGUAUUUUUUGAUGUAUGGAAGUCUGAAAGAGUGGGAACACUGUUGUAUGUAAUCUUUGCAGAGAUUACUUUCUGGGCAGUGGUUGCUGGGGUGUUGCAUAGACUGGGCAUAUACUGGAAACUUUAAGAAAUCAGAAAGCCAACCAGGUUUCAAGGUGGAUUAUGUGAUGUUUGUAUCUAUAAUUGUUAUGAUUCGAGUUCUUAAUGAGUUCGUGUUCUUUACAUUAGUUGUCAAAAAUAUUGUCGACGAGUGAUACAAACUUGUGGUUUUGGGUAAAAAGUCAUUGAUUCGUUUAAACGUUCAUACUAUGUGUUGAUUGAGCAAGUUAAAUUGUAAUUCAAUGGACUUGUUUGGUAAA